AUGUCUGGAUACCCCGCCAUCCUGCUCCGGGCGGAGCAGAAGCCCCUCGAGCACCGCUCCUUCUCGCCCGCCGUGAUCCGCUCCCUCGUCGAGGCCGGCUACCCCGUCUCGGUGGAGCGCUCGUCGACGGACCCGGACUACAAGCGCAUCUUUGACGACGCCGAGUACGCGGCCGCCGGCGCCAAGCUCGUCCCCGCGGGCGGCUGGCCGAGAGCCGCCCCCGGCACGCUCGUCCUCGGCCUCAAGGAGAUCCCCGAGGAGGACUUUGCCCUCACCAACGACCACAUCUCGUUUGCGCACUGCUACAAGAACCAGGGCGGCUGGGAAAAGGUCCUCGGCCGCUUCCCCCGCGGCGGGUCCGUCCUCUACGACCUCGAGUUCCUCGUCGACGAGCAGGGUCGCAGAGUCUCGGCCUUUGGCUAUCACGCUGGCUUCACGGGCGCGGCCCUCGGCGUCAAGGCCCUCUCGUGGCAGCUCGCGCACAAGGGCCCCGGCGCGGAGAAGCUCCCCUCGGUGGCGAGCUUCACCGACGGCCGCGGCUACUACCGCAACGAGGACGAGCUCGUCGAGCAGAUCCGCGGCGACGUGGCCGCCGCCGAAAAGGCCCUCGGCCGCAAGCCCACCGCUUUCGUGCUCGGCGCGCUGGGCCGCUGCGGCAAGGGCGCCUGCGACCUGUUCCUCAAGGCGGGCAUCCCUGAGGAGAACAUUACCCGCUGGGAUCUCGCCGAAACGAAGGACCGCGACGGGCCUUACGAGGAGAUUGCGCAGCACGACAUCUUCCUCAACGCCAUCUACCUCUCCAAGCCCAUCCUCCCCUUCGUCAACAACGACCUCCUCUCCAAGGCCGGCCGCAAGCUCGCCGUCGUCGUCGACGUCUCGUGCGACACCACCAACCCGCACAACCCCAUCCCCAUCUACAGCAUCAACACCACCUUUGACGACCCCACCGUGCCCGUCGAGGUCACCGCCGACCAGAACACCGGCGCGGCCCCGCUCACCGUCAUCAGCAUCGACCACCUCCCCUCGAUGCUGCCCCGCGAGGCCAGCGAGGCCUUUAGCGACGGCCUCAAGGAGUCCCUCCUGCAGCUCAAGGACCGCAAGACGGCCCGCGUCUGGGCCGACGCCGAGACGCUGUUCAACGAAAAGGUGGCGCUGCUGCCCGAGGCGCUGCGCAAGAAGGAGUAA